AUGACACAUACAGUUAUAGAGACUUUACAUUAUCAUUCUUGUUGGCAUGGGUCGAAGCAUGCAGGGGAGAAGUUUGGAAAGACACCAAGGAAGGGUGGAAAGACAUCAAGGAAGGGUGGAAACACAUCAAGGAAGGGUGGAAACACACCAAGGAAGGGUGGAGAGACACCAAGGAAGGGUGGAAAGACACCAAGGAAGGGUGGAAAGACACCAGGGAAGGGUGGAAAGACAUCAAGGAAGGGUGGAAAGACACCAAGGAAGGGUGGAAAGACACCAGGGAAGGGUGGAAAGACAUCAAGGAAGGGUGGAAAGACACCAAGGAAGGGUGGAAACACAUCAAGGAAGGGUGGAAAGACACCAUGGAAGGGUGGAAAGACACCAAGGAAGGGUGGAAAGACACCAGGGAAGGGUGGAAAGACAUCAAGGAAGGGUGGAAACACAUCAAGGAAGGGUGGAAAGACACCAAGGAAGGGUGGAAAGACACCAGGGAAGGGUGGAAACACAUCAAGGAAGGGUGGAAAGACACCAUGGAAGGGUGGAAAGACACCAUGGAAGGGUGGAAAGACAUCAAGGAAGGGUGGAAAGACACCAAGGAAGGGUGGAAAGACACCAAGGAAGGGUGGAAAGACACCAAGGAAGGGUGGAAACACAUCAAGGAAGGGUGGAAAGACACCAAGGAAGGGUGGAAAGACACCAUGGAAGGGUGGAAAGACACCAAGGAAGGGUGGAAAGACAACCGAGUACCUGGGAAAGCCUACUUGGUUGGACAGGACUCUACCCCACCCCCUGUUAACUUUUUGUGUCCUAUCUGAUUCAGGUCUCAAACCUCAGUUGGCAUGGUGA